GUUCACCGGAUACGCGCGGCUCACCCGACAUCAGAAACCCACGUUCUCCGCGGUGGAAGGCUGUUAGGCGAACUAUACCCAUUGCGAGCAUUUGGUGAUGUCCGGUUCAAGUGGCCCUUAGAUUUACAAAAGGUUGUUUUGGAACCGUUAGGUAGUCCAGCUCCUCCCAAUCUUCACACUCCUCCUUACCUCACGGUAUCACCAGAGGUACUCUACCAUAAACUAACGCCUAACGAUAAGUUUUUGGUGUUAGCGUCGGACGGCUUGUGGGAAUGGCUCGAUCCGGACACUGUUGUACGACUCGUAUAUGACCAUACAGUCGGAACGAUGACGCUGCUUCCAUAUCAACCGAAAAGUGGCUCGUCACUUAAGCAGGUAAACCUUAACGUUGUGAAUUGA